CUUUGAGAGAGAGAAUAGUUUUUGUUUUUCUUUCAGUAGCCAAAGUUUAAAGCAUUGCUUUUUCUUUGAUUCUAUCGCUUUUAAGGUGAUCUUUCUUAACACAAGAUAAUAAAGCAGUAGUGUCCUAAAGAAUGCUGUUUAAAUAUUAAUCAGCAUCAGCCUCUCCUACAGCUUUGGAUGGAUACCAGUUAUGAGCCGCUAGUGGAUGAAUCAGAAAACAACCACUUGAGUAAUUUUGUGUUCUGUUGUUCAGAUGAGAAUCCCCGAUGAGAAAGAAAAUAUGUGUUUGUUCUUCAACUUUGAAUUUUUAUUUCACCAACUUCCUUCCUCUUUGGCAAGCCUUUUUGAUCAAGAAGACAACUGUGAUUAACAAUAGUAUGAGUAAUAGUCACAUGAUUACUUCUAGAUUGGGAAAUGCUGCUUAAACUUUCAGUUACUCUUUAAAAGUGGUGUAACUCUAGUUUGCAGCUGUGCUGUAUAAACAAGAGUAACAUUUUUAUAUUAAAUAAAGUUGUAGCUUUUAAGAGAGGUUCUGGAAGAUAUGACACAAAGCUGCUAGCAGCAAAUCAAGAAACUGAUUAAAAGAAGAAAGUAAACAAUCAGAGUGCCACCCAUACCAAAUGGGAGAGGUUCCAAAGGGGUAUGCCAGUAGUGUUGGAAGCCUGACUGGGAUUCCAGCCCACAGGACUUGUGGAACGAACUUCCUACAGCAUAAUGUUGCUUGGCAGCCCCUCUAAGUUGACAUCUUCUUUGUCCAGGUGUUCUGAGCAGACGUAAAAAGUGUUUUAUAAUCAGUGCUAAUGAUAUCUAAUUGUAUUGUUGUAACGAUCGAGACCACUGAGUUUUCUUAAAACUACUGUUUUGAAUGCUUGGUACAAGUGCUCAAAUAUUGCCAUCUCAUUGGCGUCUGUCUCUGGUUCCAACUUUCUCCAUUUGAGGAUAUCACAGUUCCCUGUUUGCUGUUAUUUCUUAUGGGUGUUAUGAACAGACAUAAAAAGUGUUUCAUAGUGGGUGCUAUUUUUAUAAUAAUAUCUAAUGCUAUUACGGUACUAAUAGUAAAACCAACUCCAGAUUCUCAAAGAUUUUGCCCAUAUGAUUGGAUUGGUUUCCAAAACAAAUGCUAUUAUUUCUCUAAAGAAGAAGGAGAUUGGAAUUCAAGUAAAUAUAACUGUUCCACUCAACAUGCUUACCUAACUAAAAUUGACAACAAUGAAGAAAUGGAUUUUCUUAGGCGGUACAAAUGCAGUUCUGAUCACUGGAUUGGGCUGAAGAUGGCCAAUGGAACAGGACAAUGGGUAGAUGGAGCUAAACUUAAGAAAUCGUUUGCCGUGAAAGGGAGUGAAGGAUGUGCCUACCUCAGUGAUGAUGAUCCAGCAACAGCUAGAUGCUACACAGAAAGAAAAUGGAUUUGCAGGAAAAAAAUACACUAAGUUAAUGUCUUAGAUAAUAGGGCAACAAAAAGUAAGAUUAUUAAGGAUGAAACAAACAAAGUUUUUUUUUAAUUAAACAAAGUUGAAGUUUUGUUAUCUGUCUGGUUAAUUUAUUCUUAUGAAUCAGGCUACACAUAAAACUCACUUCAAACACUGGCAAAAA